AUGCGAUCUACCAUGGCCAACAGCUCCCACACUAGCAAGACGCCAGAAUCGCGUAAAUCUUCCAUCAUGGUGGCGGUACGUGUGAGGCCGUUCACCGCAGACGAGUCCACACAUUUGAUGUCUGACGAGCUGUCUCUGGACUCAUCCUCAUCCCUGAGAGUACCUAAGCUGGGGGAUUCCAACCUGUCUUUGAAAUCGGAGAACCCUGAUGCUGCCUUACAGACUAAGACGAAAAGGCAGGAGGAAUAUUUACGCUCUAAUGCAACAAGACCAGAUGGAAUCAGAAAAAUUGUGGAUUGUGUAGACGAUAAGAUGUUAAUAUUUGAUCCCCUCGAUACCAAUCCAUUGCAUAAGAUGAGUGAGAAUGUGUUGAACUCCAUGUACUCUCGAAGACAACUGAGUAGAAGAAGACAAAGAAGGCGUGGUACGAAUGGCAAUGGGGAAAUUAAAUUCGUGUUUGAUAAAUUGUUUGAUCAGGAUGCAUCCCAGGAAACUGUGUAUCAAUCCACCACAAGCGGGUUGUUGGAUUCCGUGUUAGAUGGGUUCAAUGGAACUGUCUUUGCCUAUGGUGCCACCGGGUGUGGGAAGACUUAUACUGUAAGUGGUACUCCUGAGCAACCGGGAAUAAUCUUCAGAGUCAUGCAAGAAUUAUUUGAGAGAAUGGAGGAUUUAAAGGAUACCAAGAGGUUUGAAUUGUCUCUAUCGUAUUUGGAAAUAUAUAAUGAAACCAUUCGUGAUUUAUUGAAACCGGAAACCGUUCCCAAGAGAUUAAUUAUAAGAGAAGAUGGUGCUAAUAAGAUUUCAGUGUCCAAUUUAUCAUAUCACAAUCCGCAAACCGUGCAAGAAGUCAUCGACUUGGUCAUAAAGGGGAACAUCAAUAGAACCACGUCCCCAACGGAAGCCAAUGAAGUGUCAUCAAGGUCUCAUGCAGUACUGCAAAUACAUAUCAUGCAAACAAAUAGAACUGCGGACCUCACAUCAGAACACACUUUUGCCACACUUUCCAUAAUUGAUCUUGCUGGAAGUGAACGUGCUGCUGCUACAAAGAAUCGUGGAGAAAGAUUAUACGAGGGGGCUAAUAUUAAUAGAUCUUUACUUGCCCUGGGGAAUUGUAUAAAUGCUCUAUGUCUUACUGAUGGUGGUACUAAUAGAUCAUGUCACAUCCCCUACCGAGACUCCAAGUUGACUAGAUUAUUGAAAUUUUCCCUUGGUGGUAAUUGUAAGACAGUAAUGAUUGUUUGUAUAUCACCAAGUAGUUCUCACUAUGAUGAAACUUUGAACACUUUAAAAUAUGCUAAUCGAGCUAAAGAGAUUAAAACCAAGAUUAUAAGAAACCAACAAUCUUUAAAUCGACACGUUGGAUCAUAUCUAAAGAUGAUAACGGAACAGAAGAGAGAAAUUGAAGAAUUACGUGAAAGAGAAACAAAAAUGAUUGAAUUACAAUUACGCAAAUAUAAAAUUUCUAGAGAAAGAAUUCAAAUGGCACAAGAUGAUUGUAUUCAAAAUAUUAUUAAAUCUUAUUCGACAUUACCCAAAUAUAAGAUGGCCAAAAAUAUGAAAUCUUUAAUGCUUUGUAAGAGAAGAUUUUUACAAAUGGUUAAAUUGGAAAUUGAAAACUGCAUAUCAUUAAUUCAAAAUUGGACUGAUCAUUAUAUGGUUUUUGAAACAUGUGGUCAAUUAAAUAAUCAAAUCAUGAAUAAGAUCCGAGAAUUGGAAAGGGAAUUCGAUUCCAAAGAUGAAUUAGAAUUAGUCAUUGAUCAUGUUAGGGUCACCGAUUUGGUUAGGUUAAGGGAAAUGGAGAAUUGGGACGAUUCCACUGAUUUAAUCAUUUUUGAAUCCAGAUUGGAUUACAUUUCAGAAUCUAUUAGAAAUGAGAUUCUAGUGAAUGCCUCAAUAAUGACGGAAAAAUUAUUUCAAAAUGAAAUAUUAAUGCAAAGGUGCAAAUUCUUGUCCACGUGUUUGGCCAAUGAACAAAAUUUAGCCAAUGUGAUACAAGAUUUAAUCAAAUUGGAUGAAGAGUUUGAAGAGUUUGGUAAGUUGUUAAUUAAUGAAGAUUAUGGUGUCAGAGAGGAAAAAUUAGAAUAUAGAGCGACCAAGAACGAAAUGACAGCAGCAACGGCGACAUCUUCAGCUCCAUUAAAGAAAGUACGAUGGCUACCUGAUACCUCUGAUGUGGAUAUAAACAUGAGUGUCACAGCAGAAACAGAUGCAGACGCCUGGGAUCAGCCAGAACCUUUGUUACAGGAUGAAACCAUGAGCAUGCAGGAUACACCAGCACCAACUCCUGCUUCCUCCAGAAAACCCCGUUCCCUACGAACAUCCCUACUAAGUCACCGUCUAGUCACGGACACGUAG